AUGGCCGAUGGUAAAGACACCGCGCGCAAGGACUGGUCCGCGAACCAGUACCUCAAGUUCGAGAAGCAACGCACGCGGCCCGCGCGGGACCUCCUCGCCCAGGUGCCCCUCGACCAGCCCCCACGCCGCGUCCUCGACGUCGGCUGCGGGCCGGGCAACUCGACCGAGAUCCUCCGGGAGCAGUACCCCGCCGCCGCCAUAGAGGGCAUCGACUCGUCGCCCGACAUGAUCGCCAAGGCGGGCAAGAGGCUGCCCGACAUCCCGUUCUCGGUCGUCGACCUCCGGACCUACUCUCCGAAGGAGCCGCAGGACCUCAUCUUCUCCAACGCCGUGCUGCACUGGCUACGCGCUGACGAGCGCAUCCCGACUAUGAGGAGGAUGGUCGAGUGGCUUCGGCCGGGCGGCGUGCUGGCGAUCCAGGUCCCGGAUAAUUACCUGGAGAAGUCGCACGCUGCCAUGCGCGCCGUGGCGGAGGAGGGCCCCUGGGCGCCGGUGCUGGGCCCCCUCAAGCCUGCGCUCGACCCGUUUGAAUCGCCUCAGGAAUUGUAUGAUGGAUUGAUCCCGCUCUGCUCCGCUGUCGAUAUCUGGCACACGUUUUAUCAGCACCCCUUGGAGGAUCACCAGGGUGUGGUGGAGUGGGUGAAGGGGACUGGGCUGCGCCCGUUUCUCGACCCGCUGGGACCCGAGGACAGGGUGGCUUUCGAGAAGGAGUAUCUGGAGAAGUUGAAGGGGUUGUAUCCGGUGUCGGUCGAUGGGAAGGUGCUUUUGAGGUAUCCUCGUCUCUUCUUGGUCGCUGUCAGGGCAUGA